UUCAAUAACAACAGCUGUUAUAACCGAAAUUCAAAAUGGUGGGCAAAAUAUGCGUAACGGACAAUAACAACUAUUUACCCAGCAAAAUCAAGACAAAGAACAGCUGUUCACAAGUAGAGUUAUGGAGUUAGCACAAUGUGGACGGGAUAAUCGAGUUAAGCAACCGAUAGCUGCCUCGAUAGGAAACUAGAGUCAGUGUGGAGAGCACAUAAGCAAGCUAGGACUGCCUUUUCUAAUUACAGAAAAUAUGAAUGGCAAUAUCCUGGUCACUCUGAUCUCUUUAAGAUCACCGCUUAGAAAGCUGUCACUAAAAUGGAGGAACAAAAUAAACUUAAGUGCGACAUUUGCGACUUUUCCAGUGGCCACACGGAGGAGGAAACGUUGCUCUAUGGAGACUGGAUGGUCCGCAAGGAUCUGCGGGUGCAUUACUUUUGCCUGCUUCUUUCCUCGAAUUUACCGCAAUCCGGCGGCGAUGCAAGCGGCAUCCUAGGAUUCCUUUUGCGGGAUAUUCGCCAAACGGUGGCUAUCGCAAAAAAGACGAAGUGCUCCUUCUGCAAUCAGGUGGGGGCCACUAUCCGGUGCCACGGUUGCCAGGUUAUUUUUCACAUGAAGUGCGGCAUAAUAAAUCGCUGCACUUUUCAGUUUUGUGGCGCGUUUCAUAGCUACUGUUCCGAAUGCAUGCCGAUGGAUGACUACCAGCGGCAAAUUGCGGCAAAUCGCCCAAAGCUAAGCCCCUGUGACAUCUGCCUGGCCCCCAUCCUCAACUUCUCCCCGCACAACAUUGUCUAUGGAGACUGCUGCCACAAGGGAUUCGCCCAUAAGACCUGCAUGCGAAAAUACGACCUAAGCGCGGGAUAUUACUUGCGCUGCAUUUGGUGCCGAUCAGAUAAGUUUCGAGAGACCGUACGCUUGCAGUCGAUUUUCGUGCCGGAUCGCGAUGCAAACUGGGAACUGCAGCAGAACGCCUAUCGAGAGCUUCACGAGCGCAAAGUGAGCUGCGACUUGAUACAAUGCAUUUGCCCCAAGGGCAGGGCUUACAAUAAAAGCAGCUGGCUAACUUUGGCCUGUAAGCUGUGCGCCUCCACGGGCGCACAUGCCAAGUGCUUGGCGGGUACGCUGCGCCUGAACAGGCGAACCGAGCCCACAGAAUUUAAGUGCGUUGGGUGCCUGGAAGUGGAGCGAAGGCUUUCCGAGGGCCCGGCCCGUAAUCUCGAUGCAUCAAUAACAGGAACAGAGGGCCACGUGGAUGCCUCAUUUUAUGUUCUAAAAACGGGGCCCCAGAUGCCAGCUCUUGGCGGGAACAUGUCUCCCGUGUUCUCCGAAGACUAUGACACGGACUCUAUUAAUAGUACCAAUUGUAGCAACACAACUGUGAUCCCCAGCCAGCCGACAGCUAGGUCGACGUCCGUCUCACCAUUACCAAACAUCGCAGUACUCGAAAUUCCCGUCUCACCGCCACCGGAGCCAAUAAUAGAGAUUCCCGAAUCACCGCCACAGCCUGUGCUUGCUGAUGAAAACCCCUACAUAAGUACCAAUAACUUGAUGGUGAUUCCCAGCCAGCCGGAUGUGAAGUCCGCGAGCGUCUCAUCAGGACCAAGCAUCACUUCGCCGCCACAAGAGACAGUAAUCGCGAUGCCCGACUUACCACCCCGGUUAAUGCUAAAGAGAAGCUUUCGCUGCGCUGGUGAACCUUUCUUCUACUUAGUUAUGUUCGAGUUUGAGCACAUCACGUGCUUGAGUAGCUGCGCUGGUUCCUGCACUUUCCGAUUUCACGAGGACGAUCCCCGCAUCCAGGAUAUUUCCCAGGAAGCAUUACAAAGAGUAAAAGUAACACCAGCCGACAUAUGGUUUCGUGACAAGGAUCAAGGGAUUUUUGCGCAGAUUGAUCGAGUCAAGCGUGCUUGCAUGUGUAGCAUGUGUAAAGUGGAUGUUCUUAGAAGUACUUAAACACAGUAAACUUAUUAAUGCAAAUUAGUUUUAUCAACACAAAUGAAUUUCAGUCUCAAAAUUUUAUUUAAUAACGAGCCAAAAAUAUUAAUAAAACAUUUUACAUAUGUCAGUGCACGAUUUAUUACCUUACUCUGGAAUAUUUAUAUUUU